AUGGCGGCGUCACCGGAGCUUAUCAGCUUCACCAACAGCCUUCUCAAUACUGACAACAUGCUCUCACCUCUCCAUAACUCCUUUGCCGCCGCAGAUGCUGCCGCUCGUAGAACAUCCGCCGGCGAACCUUUGAGCGCAAGCUCGCCGCGCUUCGGCGAUUCCUUCAUCAACAGUCCCAAGCGCGAUCCCCUCCGCGAUGGCUACCGCGCAACGCCUCCUUCAUCGGCGUGGAGGCAGUCCGGCUCCUACACUGGCCGCGACGGCUCGCCUUGGUACAACGAUGCGCGUUCAUCACCCUUUGCAUCGUCAGCCGCCCGUGAUUAUGCUACACUUGAGCUCGAGUCGAGUCUGGGCGCACCUACACAUCCCGCCGGCGACCCAGCACUCCACUAUGGCGAUACGAGCAGCGCCGAUAGCGUCGUUGCACUGCUGCAUGCUGCUGCCGCCGCCAACGAAGCCGGCAAGCAAACCGAUCGAUCCAACGAGAACCGCUUCCCCUCUCCUAGCGCCUUCUACCAGCAGGGUGUCCCCACCUACGCCAUUCCACCAUACUCGGCUGCCUAUCGUUCCAGCUCGUCGGGUCUUGGCGGUUACACCAGCUCACCCAACCUCGGAUUCGCACGUCCUUAUCGUGGUAUUGAUGCGCCUUUGGAUGGCGCCUCUCCCUAUGCCCCCGCGACUGUGCAGCCUUCUGCCACCGCCAAUACAGCCGCUGCUGUUGCCGCCGCCGCUGACGACGACGACCAUGACGACACCAAGAUCCAAGUCAAGGCCGAGCUGGAUACCCACGAUCCGGAUCCGCAGCGACAACAACCACCGCAGCAACCACCAGCCAAGAAAGGGCGCGGUCGAGGUCGCAAGAAGAGCAACGUCAAGCUAGAGGCUGAUGACGCCUCUCUGUCCUCCACCAACGGCUCGUCCGCACUUGACAGCGUUGUCUCGGCUGCACUGGCAGCCUCGGAAGCACCCACAACCUACGCUGGACCCGCCUUCUCGCAGUAUGGCUAUCCCGACUACUCCGCCACCGACAUGUCCGCUGCUGCUUUCUCUGCCAACCCGCUCGUCUCCCUGGCCGCUCAGGUGACUGCAUCUAUGGCUUCCGUUCCGGCUCCCGCUCUCACAGCUGCGCCUGUGGCUGAUGAGCUUGGCAAGGCGUCUACAUCUGCUGCUGCUGCCACUGCGACACCAGCUAAUUCAGCUGCUGCUCCAGCUCCUGCGACCGCCUCGCCCACCUCGCCCAGCCGUACCAAGGCCAAGACGGAAAGCGACGCAGGAGGGCCCAAGCUUCACGAAUGCGAGACGUGUGGAAAGUCUUUCAGCCGAAGAUCCGACUUGGCCCGUCAUCGACGCAUUCACACUGGCGAACGUCCCUACCCUUGCGACUAUCCCGGGUGCGGAAAGAGCUUCAUCCAGCGAUCCGCGCUCACUGUCCAUUCGCGUGUCCACUCGGGCGAACGUCCGCACAAGUGCGAAUUUGAAGGAUGUGACAAGAGCUUCUCGGACAGCAGUUCACUUGCGCGACACCGACGCACCCACACCGGUCGUCGUCCCUACGUCUGCGACUUUCCCAAGUGCGGCAAGAUGUUCACUCGACGCACCACGCUCAAUCGUCAUUCUCGCUGUCAUCAACCUGGCUACGUCAAGCCCAAGAGCCGCGGCAAGGCUCGCGGCAAGGGUAAAAAGUCGGCCAACAAGGAUGGCACUUCUGCUACUAUUGACGGGGAGGAGGACGAUGACGAGGAUGACGACGACGACGACGAUGAUGAAGAUGAAGACGACAGCGAGGAGGACGAUGACGACGAUGACUCUGAAACCGAAUCUGGCUCUGGGUCUGAGCCAGCUAAUUCUGUCACUCCGCCCGAGACAUCUGCACAGGUAGCUAUGGGCACCAAGCGCGCUGCAUCUAGACGUCCUCGCAAGAGCUCGCCCGCCAAGAAGACCAACACGGGCAAUGCAGCUGAUGUGGUCAACCGCGUGAACCGUUCGGCAAGCGAUGCCGAGGCCGCCAUGACCCUUGCGCAGGCAGCGCUGCAAGCGCAAUUCAAUCCUUACUACGCCGAUCAGAUCAAUGGAGGGACUACAGAUGCAGGUCAACUCGGAGCUACUGCUAGCACGCCGUGGACUGGCACUUCGAAUUUUGCUGCGUACCCCAUGUCGGCGCAGGACGGUACGGCAGCGCUACUGGCGGCCAGCAACCACCCCGGCUUCUCACCCGGCAUGGGCAGCAACGACUCGAACGAAGCUAUGGAAGCAGCGGCGGCUGUGCUCGGUGGCUUUGCCAACUCGCCCGCUCCGACUUCUGCUGUUGCUGCCACUGCUGGGAACGAUCAGGACUCUGCUCAAUCCCUCUCGGAAGCUCAGUUGCUGUUGGAUGCCGCCAUGAGCCCCGUUUCCAACCACGCAACCAUUCCGGGCCUGGCUAGUGCUGCAGUCAAGGAUGCAGCGGCUAGCGCAACUCGCGGACGUGGUCGGGGCCGUCCUCGUGGAUCUCGAGGUGGCGCUAAAGCUGGACGCCCUGCCGGUUCCUCGAGCAAGCUUGCCAACGAGACGAGUGCCGACAUUCUGCACACUUCGCAAGAGGAAACGCCUUCGACCGAGGUCUCCUCUUGA